AGUGUAUUUAUUUUUUUUUUUAUUUUUGCAAUUUAUAAAGAAAAUUUAACCAAAAAAAACUUUGGGAUCAACAAAAAUUAUAAAACAAUCAAUAAUAUUAAGUCGUGAAAUGGUUAAAAUUGCUCAACGUAUUAAAGUAAAAUUUAAAGAAACUACUAUUUCUUCCAAGUAAACAAAUAAUUUUAUUAAAGUUUAGAAACUUUUUUUUGUAAAGUAUAAAAAAAAAUCCAAUAAGAAAUAAAGUUAAAAGACCAUGGAUCUCUUUCACAAUCUUACAAUGAGUGUCCAAAUAUUUCUUUCUUCUUACAUUGACUUGGACUACUCAUUAUGGUUGUACAGAAUCUUGCUGCCGCUGAUUAUAACAUUCCUUUUGCCAUUCGUUUUUGUAGCGCUAAUUUACAUAUCUUUUAUUGUUUUAUUUGUUUACAAAAUGCACAGGCAAGUGAUCAUGCGUCACGUCACCACAGAUCGUAAUUUUUGGACCUUUGGCCGAAAGCUAGUAGCUGCAAUAUGGGAUGCCCAUGCUCGCAUUUAUCAUGGCUACGAAGUUAUAGGAAUGGAAAAUCUUCCAGCCGAAGGGCCAGCACUGAUUGUCUACUAUCAUGGUGCCAUUCCAAUUGACAUGUACUAUUUUAACUCGCGUGUAAUGUUGCAGAGUGAUCGAUUAAUCUACACAGUCGGCGAUCGGUUUCUAUUUAAAUUACCCGGCUGGGGAUUAUUGGCGGAUGCUUUUCACAUAUCCCCUGGUACCGUCCAGUCAUGUAGUAAUAUUCUGAAAGAAGGAAAUCUAUUGGCAAUAUCUCCUGGAGGUGUCUAUGAAGCACAAUUCGGUGAUCAUUACUAUGAGCUGCUUUGGCGAAAUCGGACUGGUUUUGCCAAAGUCGCUUUGGAAGCUAAAGUGCCGAUCAUUCCAUUUUUUACACAAAAUCUACGCGAAGGAUUUAGACAAGUGGGAAUAUUUCGAAGACAAUUUUUAUGGCUGUAUAAUGCUAUUCGAAUACCCGUGUGUCCAAUCUAUGGUGGAUUUCCUGUUAAAUUUCGAACGUAUUUGGGCAAGCCUAUACCAUACGAUCCUAAUGUGACAGCAGAAGAAUUACAAUUAAAGGUCGCUCUUGAAUUAUCAGAACUGAUAACCAAACAUCAGAGAAUACCUGGCAGCAUACUGCAUGGUUUGCUUGAUCGUUUUCGAAAUGGAAAGAAACAAGAAUAGAAAUUUAUUAGAAGAAAUCAUUUCCACAAAAAUACUCUCUACAUUCAGUAUGUAAUUGGAAUUGUUUAGAAAUUAUUUAAAAUAUUUAAGUCAAACAAAUGGACCUGAAAGCGAUUGAUCAAAGUACUUAAAGUAAAAGUCCAACUUUGUAUUUUACUAAACGCUCAUUUUAUUCGAAUGAAACUAUUAGUAUUAGUUUUUUUGUUUUUCUCUUCAAAUCUCUUUCUUUUAUUUUUUUAUUUUAUUUAUUUAAUUCGACGAGUGAUUUGACCAAUAUUUAGAAACAAAUUAAAUUAUCCAUUUUAACGUGAUUGUCUAUUAAAGUAAACAUUUAAUUUUUAAGCAAAAAAAUAUUUCUCUAUAUCGUUGAACGAUAAUAACAAAAAAAAAGUAAUCUAACAAAUUGUAAAAAGGUAAUUAAGUGUAUGGAUGUAAUAAGGUAUAUGUGACGCCAAAAAAUUAAUAAAAAAUAUUUUGUGUGUCAUAUUUGAAUCUUCUUUUUAAUUGUACAAUAGUCAAAUAUUGCAUGCGGUUACCAUAUCUUAACUCAGUCAAACGUUAACCAGAUCGACCUUAUUACCAUCGACACUAAACGUUUCGCCAGUAUUAACGACGUCAGAACGUUUCCUUCCUCGGAGCACUAGAAACAAUUGACAACAACAACAGCAAAAACCAACAGAUAUCGCGGCUUAAUUUCAAAUAGUUCUAAUUCCGCCUUGUCUAGACCAGAAAACAGUUCCUAGAGGAAACAUGCAGAAACUCCCAACGAAAACCUUGAAUGUUUGGAUACAAAACUUAUGGGUGUUAAAGCGUCCAAUCCAUAUUAUAAAUGAAGAUGUCAAAUUUGCAAUAGAACAGAAAGGCGUUUCUUGGAUAAUGAAUGAAGAGUGGCUUAGCGAAGAAAUAACAUUACCUGUUGCAUACUUCCCGGAAGGUCUAGAAGUCGUCCAAGCAAAGAAUUCGGGAAAUCUGAAGAAAUGCUGAAUUCAUUAACGCAGUGAUGCUUUGUAUUAAAACUAUUUCUGGUGCAAACGUGA